AUGAAGCGAGAUGGUCCCGAAGACGAGCACGGUGGGCCACCCCAGAAGCGGCCGAGAGGGCGAAGUCCCGGGAGGGGUGAGACCGCCUUCGGACGAAUAGUAAAUUGGUACCCGGUGAAGAAGUAUGGGUUUAUCCAGUCCAACGUUGCGGCGAAGGACGUCUUCUUCCCCAGGCAAGCUCUCCCACCUGAACUUCAGGAGGUGGAGUUCGACCGGUUGAAAGGCAUGGAGGUCUCCUUCAUUUUCACAGAGAACGAGGGGAAGCCCCGAGCAGAAGCUGUGACACCUGUUUCGCAGCGACAGAAUCGUUUGCCAACCCCGCCGAGAAGACGCGAGCGUGAAGGGCGUCCGAUGGAGGCACCACCUCCGCAAGAGCGCUUGCCGGCAGUCAAGAUUGGAGUGAUCCGGUCCUAUGACACGAAGAAGGGAUUCGGCUUCAUCAAGCCGGACGACAUGCCGGAGGAUGCCUUCUACCUGAGGAGUGAGCUGCCGCCGGAGCUGGCAGGCGGCGAACCCCGGCGUGAGCAGGUCGUGGAUAAGCGGGUCGAGUUCGAGGUUCGGGUGAUGCCAGAUGGCAAGCUCCGAGCGGAGAGAAUCGUCUUCCUGCGGGGCGGGGGGCCACCGGGCCCACCACCGGCUCCCAUGGCUCCCAUGGCUCCCAUGGCUCCCAUGGCUCCGCUUCCAGGACCAUUUCGAGAAGGCCGAAUUCGGAACUUCUACCCAUCCAAGGGCUACGGCUUCAUCGAAGUGCCGAUGGGUCCAGACGUCUUUUUCCUGCCUAGUGCUUUGCCAAAGGACCUCUUGGACUCAAGGCAGCCGUUGGAAGGCCUCGAAAUUUCCUUUGAGCCGAGCACGAGCGAGGAAGGCAAGCCGAGGGCCAGGAACAUCCGGCCGAUUGGGCAGCGCGGGGGCCCACCGAGUCAGAGGCCACCCCCUCGAAUGCCGAUCCCGGCCCCACCCGCCAUGGUUCUGCAGCCUCCCCCACCGGUGCCGAUGGGGCAUCCAGCAGGUCCACCGCCUGUCGUGCCCAUGCCACCUCCGCGACAGGUGCCCGAGCCACGAGUUGCUGUCGGCAUCGUGACCAGCUACGAUGCCGCCAAGGGCUUCGGCUUCCUGAAAGUCGAGGGAAUACGGGGCGACGUCUUCUUCGCAAGGUCAGAUCUUCCGCCGGACCUCAGGGAGGAGGACAAGAAGGAGAAGGUCCUCCACAAAGUCAUAGAGUUUGAACUCCAGAAGAAGUCCGAUGGGAAGCUGCGUGCCAGGAAGCUGCUCUUCCUCCAUAGGAACCUGGAAGGCGUGGGCCAAAGAACGCGAGGAAGGGUGGCCAAGUACCACCAAGACAAAGGCUAUGGAUUCCUGGAAUGCGAGUACGGCGACAACGUCUUCUUCCUGAGGAGCUCGCUUCCCAAGGACCUGAACGAAGCCGGCUUUGAAGAGCUCUCGCAGCUGGAGAUCUCCUUCCAGAUAUACUUCAAAGAGCAGGGCAAGCCGCGCGCACAAAACCUGGAAAUUGUCGGCAGGGAACGGAGAGAGGAGCGGCCCCAGCUACAGGGCGGUGAGGUUUUGAUCGGAGAAAUCGUGACUUUCGAGCCCGGCAAGGGCUUCGGAUUCGUCCGGUCAGAGAGCUGUGACGAGGACGUGUACUUCGUGCGCCCGGAGUUGCCAGAAGAACUUGCUGCUGCAGAGCGCAAGGAGGAGGUUGUCGGGGAGCGCGUGGAGUUCGAGGUCAAGAUCAUGACCGAUGGGAAGCUGCGAGCCCACCAAAUGUCCCGGCUCUUCCCGGAUGAAAACAGUGCCCCUUCAAGAGGUGCUGAGCCGGCUGAGCCUGCCGAGCUGUCGGAGCUCGAAGACGACAUGGUGCAGGAUAUGGCGGAUUACUUGGCGGAUUGCGGCAACGGCCAGGACUAUGGAAAGUUCACGAAUAAAUUCCCCCGCGUCAAGAAGCGAAAGAUUGAGAGGCACUUUGACAUACUCACAGACGAAGGCGGCCGCCAGCGUGUGGUUUUGCCCCCCGACCACCCUCAGCGAGUCGAGGAGCCCCUGCCGGACUCGUUGGUAGGAGAGGCCGAGGUGAAGGAGGAGGAACGCCGAGAGGAUGACAUCCCGGAAGACGACCUCCCAGACGAAGCCGAAGAGUCUCGCCCCGACGGGAUGAUGGUCGAGGAGGUGGACCCGAACGAGCCUGCCAUCCCUCUGGGGCCCGGGGUGCAGCCGGUGGGCGUCAUCCGUGACUACGACACGGUCAAAGGCUUCGGCUUCAUUCGCUGCGAGCACAACCCGGAGGAAGUACCAGGGUAUCCCAGAAUGAGAGGUGCUGGACAGGACAUCUUCUUCCCGAGGACGGCGCUGCCAAAGUCCUUUCAAGGCAGUGACGACAAGGAGAUGCCGGUGCUGAAGGGUGUGCAGGUGACCUUUGAGCUGAACGAGAGUAACAGCCGUGGCCCUCGCAGCGACUCGGUCACGCUGCUGUUGAGGUGGCUGCAGCCGGACAGGCCGACUCUUUCCGCAGUGCUGGCUCCUGAAGAGAGUGACCAUCCCGCCAAGACCGGCACGAAACAGAUAGUGGCUGCGGAGUGGAUCAGAAACUCCACUGCGCCCCCUCGCACGGAAAAGAUGGUGAUGGUCGGCUGCAUAGGCCAAGACGCUUUCGUGGCAUCGCUGCACACAACGGACCCGCUGACCGGGCAAGCACGCACCGUUUCAGGACGAGCGCCACUGCAGACGGCAGUCGCACCCAGGUUUGGGGAUUUCUUGUUGCAGCGUACCUCCGGAAUUCGAGCUGAUGCUGUGUUCAGCGUGGGAGACAUCCAAAUCAUCUUCCGGCCACGCCAGAGUGCGCAGGCUCUGUCUCUGGACUCGCGGCUGCAAGAGGAUCCUGGAAUGGGCAUCGACCUCUCCGGCGCAGACUUGGAGGUCACAGACGGGCCGCAGCUGAUCAAGGAGGUUCUUCUGCUGCGGCCUGCAGCGUCUCGCCUUGCCCUUGCUGCAGACUUUGCCGCGGGGCGGCUCUUCGGGCUCAGGCUUCGCAACGUGAAGAACCCGGAGGUGCCCGGAAGCGUCCUUUGGACGCUCAGGUCCUUCUCACGACCGAGGCUUCGUGGCUCCUUGGUAACAGCGGCCGAGGCUGCUGCCGGUGCCGCCGUGGCGGCGGCUGCUGCUGGCCAGGCCCUGGCCAGUGCCAGCGCCACUGCUGCAGAGAGUGCACCUCCGCACGAAGCUGCUGCCAGCGAAGUCUUGCAAUGGCUUGACUGGACCACGCAAGGCCGCGACGAGAUUGCAGAGCUGGAAGCCACUCCGGUGCGCGGUCUGCUGCAGAUUCUCCCCAACAGCCCUUUCUUGGAGAGCAGCUUCUUCGACUUUCCAGACACAGAGGCAGAUGCGGGGCAGCGCUUUCUGAUCUUUGCGCGGGCGCCUCAGUGUUCCAUUCCAUGGCUCGAACACACUAUACCUUUGGCGAUGUCCGCGACGGCAACGCUGCGCUGCUCGGGAAGCGGCCGAAGCUUCCGAUGCUCAGCUAGGCGGCAGCCUCACUAG